AUGAAGUUCACACCCAGCAUUGUUCCCAAGAACCUGGCACUUGCGGAUGUUACAAAAAAAGUGCAUAUGACAUUCGAUCUUGACGAAGAAACACCCAUUACGCAGAAGAAGAAUAAAAAGUCCAAGUCAGAGAAACGCCCAGCAACGGAAGAUCGGUCAUUAACAAAUGAGGAUGGUCAGAUAAAAAAGAAAAAGACGAGACAUCAUGCUGCUCAUGAUCCUCCAGUUACAAAACAAUCCGGAUCACUUGAAUCGCCAAAGACAAUUAAACCUGUUGAAUCUAUGGAUAUUGUCGAAACGACCAAAGAAAGCGAACCUUCGGCUGAGAAUAAAGAUAGCAAGAAAGACAAAAAGAAAAAGAAUGUUAAAGAAUCGUCCCCAACAACCACGCCUGUAAAGAAGGGAAAGGCACUAGAUACAAUGGUUCAUGUUAUUAAAAAGCCAGCUCACAAGCUUUUCAUCGCAAAAAAUAACGUAAAGGCAUCCACAGAUCCUGAAGAUGUCAAGGAGAGAGUUAGAAAAAACCGAGAGAAAAAACGCCUGGCAAAGUUGGCCCGAAAGACUGUCGAUGGUGUUGUGACAAAAGUACCAUCGCUUAUCAUCAGACCUCAGGAGGUCAAGGUCAAAAUGCCUCUCAAAAGCAUUCGUCAGUUCAUUCUCUACUGUCUUACUGAGGCCUCGACUCCUUCUUGGGCCCCAAUUGUCAACAAGGGCCUGGUGAAAAACUUGGUACUUGUGUUUGCUCAGGGCUUGGAUAUUACUUAUUUUGGAGCAGAGAAGAACCGUCAAAAUGUACCAAACACUAUCUCCUUCACUGAUAUCAAAGAUGACUCUAUUGGAAAAUCCUCCAUGCCAUUUUUCUCUAGCACAUUCAGCCAUAUGAUAGUGAGCAAGCUGUCGGGUGAGAAGGGAAAGAUUGAAUCUCCUAUCUCUGAACUUCUUAAAUGCGAUGUCAGUUUGACUGAGAAAAAUAAGAUGCUCCAGGAGAAAUGGGAUCGUUCGAUUGAACACAAGGAUAAUAUGAAGGAAUACUAUGUUAUGACUCUCAAUCAGCUAAAGGCGGCUGACUACCCUAUCCCUCCUUCCCUUGAUCCCACUGUGAAAUUGGCUGAGGGCUGGAAAGAAACUAGAGCUGUCAAGGUCCCAUCAAAAGAGAAGAAGCUGAUUGCCGUAGAUUGUGAGAUGGUCUUGACAACUAGUGGAAGUGCUUUAGCACGUGUGACAUUGAUUGACGAAGGUGGAAUCGUAUUGCUUGAUGAGAUUGUAAAGCCAGAUGAACCUGUCGUGGACUACUUAACACAAUACUCUGGUAUUACUCCAGAUAUUAUGGAAAGUACCACCUGUUCAUUCACCCGUGCCCAAAAGCAUAUUCGUAAAAUUGUCGAUCAUGAUGUCCUCUUGAUUGGUCACAGUUUAGAUAACGAUUUAAAAGCCAUGAAACUUGUCCACCCUUACUGUGCAGAUACAUCGCUUCUAUUUGAUCACUACAGGGGUCCUCCUUACAGACCAGGUCUCAAAAUGCUCGCUCGUACUUUCCUGAAGCGUGGUAUCCAGGAACAAAACGAAAACACUAUUGGUCACGAUUCCGCAGAAGAUGCCCGCGCAACUCUUGAUCUCUUUAAACUCAAACUGGAGCGUGGUCCUGGUUUUGGUGUGUAUGGUAAGAAGACAGAGUUGAUCUUUGACCGACUCAGAAAAUUUGAUCCUCCAAAGACCGGUGCUAUCCUCGAGAGUGCCGAUGCUGCCAAUCGCCUGUUGGGAUCUACAGUGGGAAGUGAAUACGUUCGAUGCGAUACUGAUCAGGAGCUUGUGGAGAAGAUAACCGAAAAGGUCCAGACACAAAAUUUCAUUCUUUCGAUGUUCCGCUGUAUGAAAACCGGAGACGAUAUAAAAGAUGACGAGGAAAUACCCAGUGUUAUUCCCCAGACAUUCUCGGAUUCACAUGAUGUGGCAUCUAGAUUGACUCGAUUUGAUGCAUUGUUCAAGGAACUAUACGAAAGUCUACCUCCUUCUACUGUUGUUGUUGUGAUGGGUGGACCUGGCGAUGUACCAAGAUAUAAACAAUUGCUUGCAAAAUCAAGACGUUAUCAUGAAACAUAUUUGGGCAAUGGUGUUAAGAAGAAUGAUGUCCCUGAACAAGACGUCUGGACACCCACUGACCAAAAGAUCAUGCUUGGUGAAUGUGCAAAAGCCAAAUUAUCCAGCACAUUCGUUACUAUUAAGCAAUAA